AUGAUCUACACCCACACGGGAGCUCCAUCAUCCCUGCCGGGGCCUGAUCCACUGCUGGUGGCUGAGAUUGUGAAGCACUUCUACCCCCGGCUUGUGGACCUGCACAGCUACGUCCCUGCCUGCAGCACGGAUCAGAAGCUGAGCAAUUGGAGCCUUCUCAACAGGAAGGUCUUUCACAAGCUGCACUUGUCUCUCUCGGAGGCGGACAUUCACAAGGUGGUGGCCAACACACCUGGAGCCAUUGAGCCUAUUCUGUGUGCACUGAGGGUGAAGGUGGAGGCUAGCACCGUUCACGUAGGCUCUCCUGGAAUAGCUGUACGUGGCUGGGAUCCAGCAGUCGGGCCCUGGGAACACCUGGCCAGGGUCCAGCAGCAGCUGGAGGACAAAGAGCAGGCACUGUCCAUUCUUCAGGAGACCGUCAAGCUUUUGCAGAUGAAGGUGGUGAAGCUGGAGUACCUGGUACAACUGAAGGACCUCCGGAUUGGAGAGCUGAUGAGACCAGGGCCCGAGGAGUACCAGGACCGGGGGACAGCUUGUCCCAAGUCAUCCAGACCCUGACCUGGAGCCCUUGGAGCCCCUGCUGCUCAGAUGUCUG